AUGGCACUGAAAGUGAAGAAGGAAGUGGUUGUUCCCCCCAAGCCAGAAGCCAAGGCCUUGAAGGCCAAGAAGACUCUAAGACUUCGAAGGCAAUCCAAAUACCCUUGGAAAAGUGCCCUGAGGAGAAACAAGCUUGACCACUAUGCUAUCAUUAAGUUUCCCUUGACCACUGAGUCUGCUAUGAAGAAGACACGGGACAACAACACCCUUGUUUUCAUUGUGGAUGUCAAGGCCAACAAGCAGCAGAUCAAGCAAGCCAUAAAGAAGCUUUAUGACAUAGAUGUGGCCAAGGUCAACACACUGAUCUAG